CCGUGAAAGCCUUCUCUCCCCCAUCUUUCGUCUUCCGUAGUUCUGCUACUUCUCUGCAUUUUGUGGCCUCUCGAAUUGCCUUCGUUGGUCACUCUGUGGGUGAUUUCCACGUUGAUUACGACACUAUUUCCAUCAUCGCUCCGAUUCGCUUAGUUCUUCGAAUCUAAGAGGAGAUUAAAUUAUUGCUUGAAUAUGCCGCUGGGUCUGCUAAUGGGGAUUGGAAGGGCAUUUCGGCGGAAGCGGACUUCGUCGCUGGACAUCCUCUCGUCAAAGCGUGCCCCUCGUAAUUACUAUAAGGGAAAGAAUUGCAAACCUACUGGUUUCCACACUCGAAAAGGUGGCUAUGUUCUGAUGCAAGAGAAACUACCAAACUAUGUUGUUCCUGAUUUGACUGACUUUAAGCUCAAACCAUAUGUAUCACAAGUUCCAACAGAAGUCAAAACAACUGAGGCUUCUGAACCUGCAAAAUAACCAGAGAAAUUGAGCGAGGGUCUGAUAUUUUAUUGUCAGUCAUCGAAAAGAUAUAUUAUGAUCUUUGUUGAUCUUGAAGGGGAGCGUGACAUAGUUUUAACUUUUAAUCACAUAUCUUCCUGUUCUUUGAAGAACUAUCAACCGAUUAGCUGCUUAAUGAGUACUUUUGUUUGAUGGCUUAUUAUAUUUUAACAGGAUCUAAUGAAACUCUCUGUACGGUAGAGAUACAUAGCCCAUGAUUAGUUGAUUAUAAAAGUAUCAAACAGGCAGGAUGCUGGAUCUUGAAUCUUCAAUUGAUCAUCUCAACAUCGUGUAGCGUUGUUUGAAACAUAAAAUGUCGUGAACUCGUGCAUUUUAUGGGUAAAUGUAUAUUGAAUGAACAUGGAAAUUUGAGGA